UCGCAGGAGCAGAUAGGCGGCGCGGCGCGGGGCCUCUUCCCUCUUUCGCGCUCGGCAGCCGCAGAGGAAGGAUGGGGAAGUGUCGAGGUCUCCGCACCGCCCGGAAGCUUCGCAGCCAUCGUCGCGACCAGAAGUGGCACGAUAAGCAGUACAAGAAGGCCCAUCUGGGCACGGCGCUGAAAGCCAACCCCUUCGGCGGUGCCUCCCACGCCAAGGGGAUCGUCCUGGAGAAAGUUGGAGUAGAAGCUAAACAGCCCAACUCUGCCAUCAGGAAAUGUGUCAGAGUGCAGCUGAUCAAGAAUGGCAAAAAAAUAACAGCUUUUGUUCCCAACGAUGGCUGCCUGAACUUCAUUGAGGAGAACGAUGAAGUCCUGGUUGCUGGGUUUGGACGGAAGGGUCACGCAGUUGGUGACAUCCCUGGAGUUCGCUUCAAGGUUGUCAAAGUCGCCAAUGUUUCCCUGCUGGCCUUGUACAAGGGCAAGAAGGAGAGACCAAGAUCAUAAAUUUAGAUUAAUUUGCCAAAAAAAAAAAAAAGUCAAUAAAAUUUUUGAUUGGAAGAA